AUGGAAACUCCACAUCAGAACCACAUUGACAAGGCCGAUUUCGAUCACGUAUAUGAACCAGCUGAAGAUAGCUUUCUUCUCAUUGAUGCUAUAGAAAAAGAUUUAGAAAACCUACGGUCUAGGAAUCCUGCUUUGUGCCUUGAAGUAGGCUCGGGUAGUGGUGUUGUAGUAACUGCAUUUGGUAUGGCAUUCCCUUCAACAUUCUGUAUCAGUACAGACAUCAACUUCAGAGCAUGCAUAAUGUCAAAAAAAACUGCGGAAUAUAACAAGGUUAUAUUUGAUUCAGUAAGGAUGGAUCUGGCGAGUUCGUUUGCUGAUAAUAUAUUUGAUAUCAUAAUAUUUAAUCCUCCGUAUGUAGUGACAGAUUCUGAAGAAUGCGGCGGAGAUGAUAUCACAGCCAGCUGGGCAGGUGGGGUCAAAGGGAGAGAAGUAACAGACAGAUUGUUAGAAAUGAUACCAAAGAAAUUAGCUAAAGAUGGUACAUUCUACCUUCUGCUGAUUGAAGAGAACAUUCCAGAUGAGGUAAUCAAUAUUAUGUCUAAUCAUGGAUUUAGAUAUAAAACUGUGGUAAGAAGGAAAGUGAGGAACGAACAACAAAUAGUUUUAAAAUUUUAUAGAAUAAUAUAUUGAAAUAAAUAUAAGAGAAAUAUAUACUAAAUAAUGUUUU